GCUUCUCGGUGGAAACACCACUGUUUUCUGGAUAACGAAAGGAAGCAGGAAGGUGCAGGUCGGCUGCUGCGGGCUGCCCUUUCCUCGGGGUGGCAGGACACAUUCCCCUCCCUGCCCUUUUUGGUUUGCGGCUUUUCCCGUGCGGAUUUGGCAGCUCUGGAGGAGAGGCGGAGGCAGCGGGAUCCUUGGGAUGCCGGGCGUGACUGGGGGUGUCCGCUCUUUCCCCACCCAGUCCCACUCCCCACACUUUCGUCAGACAUUUCCCGGAGCUGAGCCGGCCGCGGGAGUGGCUCUGCUGCCGGGCAGUGACCCGCGAUGGGCUCCGGCAGCCUCUGCUCGCUCCUGCUGCUGCUGCUGCUGCUGCCCGCGGCGUGGGGGGACUGCGGGCCGCUGCCGGAGAUCAGCCACGCCGAGCCCCCGGAGGAUGUCAAACACCAGCAGAGCUUCGCGGCGGGCUCCAAAGUGACCUACAGCUGUGUCCCGGGUUACACCAAGCUGCCCUUCCUCCCCGACACCGUGCAGUGCCUGAAAAACUCCCGCUGGUCCGCCCUGCCCGAGUUCUGCGGCCGUGAGUGUUUCCCUUCCCGGCACCGGGAGGCUGCGGGCUGCUUGUGAAAACGCUCGCUGCUUUGGCAACCGCUGCCCCAGGGCUUUCCUCAUCCCC